AUGUGCCGGGGGAGCGUGGUGUCAGGGAGCAAGGGGGCGUGCCGUUACGUGACGGAGGAGCGGCGGGGGGGUGGCGUCACGUGCCGGGGAGCAUGGCGUCACAUGAUGGGGGUGAGGGAACGUGGCUUCACGUGCCGGGGGGGCGGGAGCAAGGGGACGUGCCGUCACGUGACGGAGGAGCGGCGGCGGGGGCGGUGUCACGUCAUAGGGGGUGAGAGAGAGUGGCAUCACGUGAGGGAGCGAGGUGACGUGUCGUCACGUGAUGGAGGAGCGGGGAAAGGGCGUCACGUGACCGGGGGCGUGAUGUCACGUGGUUGGGGAGAGGGGCGUCACGUGCCGGCGGGUGGGCGGAGCGCGGUGACGUGCGGGCGCGCCGACCAAUGGGGGGCCGAGGCGGGGCGGCGGGCCGGAAGCGGGCGGUCACGUGAGGGGGUGGGAGGUGCCGGGCGCUUCCGGUGUGGGCGGGGCGGCGGCGGCGCCAUCUUGGCGGCGGGGCCGGAAGUGGCGGCGGCGGCUCCCGGCGGCGGCGGCGGGUGGAGGAGCGGUGGGGCCCACCCCCGCGGCCCCUCGCCAUUGCCGCCGCUGCCGCCGGGGCGGGCGGGGUCGGGGGGGGCGUCGGCGUCGGCCGCGGGGGCCCCGGGGGCCCCGGGGGGCCCGGGGGUCCCGUGCCUGCGGCGGGAGCUGAAGCUGCUGGAGUCCAUCUUCCACCGCGGCCACGAGCGGUUCCGCAUCGCCAGCGCCUGCCUGGACGAGCUCAGCUGCGAGUUCCUGCUGGCCGCCUCCGCCUCCGCCUCCGCCUCCGCCUCCGCCGGGGGGGCCUCCGGGGCUGCCGCCGGGGCCGCCCCGACCCCGCCCCGUCCUCCCCCGGCCCGGGCCCCCGGAGACCCCGUCCGCAUCCACUGCAACAUCACGGAGUCGUACCCGGCCGUGCCCCCGAUUUGGUCCGUGGAGUCGGAUGACCCCAGCCUGGCGGCCGUCCUGGAGCGCCUGGGAGACGUCCGGAAGGGCAACACGCUGUUGCUGCAGCACCUGAAGCGCAUCAUCUCGGACCUGUGCAAACUGUACAACCUCCCGCAGCACCCCGACGUGGAAAUGCUGGAUCAGCCCCUGCCCGCCGAGCAGUGCACCCAGGAGGAUGCUUCUUCGGAGGACGAAGAUGAGGAGAUGCCCGAGGACACGGAGGACUUGGAUCACUACGAGAUGAAGGAGGAGGAGCCCGCCGAGGGCAAGAAGUCGGAGGACGAGGGCAUCGGCAAAGAGAACCUGGCCAUCCUAGAGAAGAUCAAAAAGAACCAGAGGCAAGAUUACCUCAACGGCGCCGUGUCCGGCUCCGUGCAGGCCACCGAUCGGCUGAUGAAGGAACUCAGGGAUAUUUACCGGUCACAGAGUUUCAAGGGCGGAAACUAUGCAGUUGAGCUGGUGAACGACAGUCUGUAUGAUUGGGACGUCAAACUCCUCAAGGUCGACCAGGACAGUGCUCUGCACAACGAUCUCCAGGUUCUCAAAGAGAAGGAAGGAGCCGACUUCAUCCUGCUAAACUUCUCCUUUAAAGAUAAUUUCCCCUUUGACCCCCCCUUUGUCAGGGUGGUGUCUCCCGUCCUCUCCGGAGGGUAUGUUUUGGGAGGAGGAGCCAUCUGCAUGGAGCUUCUGACCAAACAGGGCUGGAGCAGCGCCUACUCCAUCGAAUCGGUCAUCAUGCAGAUCAGCGCGACACUGGUGAAGGGGAAGGCGCGAGUCCAGUUUGGAGCCAAUAAAUCACAGUACAGCUUGACCAGAGCCCAGCAGUCCUACAAGUCCCUUGUGCAGAUCCACGAAAAGAACGGCUGGUACACACCCCCAAAAGAAGACGGUUAAUUGGCAGGGCCCCGUCCCCCGCCACCCCAUCCCGGGGACCCAAUGGACCAAUUCUCCCGGCGAGGCCGUGCCCGGCUCCUCCUCCCCGCCCUCCCCCCCGGCGGGAUGGAGUCGGCCCCGCGGACCUCGGCCGCCGGGGAGGGAGGGCGGACGGACGGUCUCGCCCUCCGUCCCGCGGCCUCCUUCAGCCACUGGACACUUGGCCACAUCCCCUGCCCCCCUCCCCGGGGACCCCCCUCCCCACCC